CGUACCGCGCGUGCCGAGCAGGCCGCGGUGCCGGGACCGCGGCGAUGCUGGAGGAGGCGGGCGAGGUGCUGGAGUCGGUGCUUAAGGCCUCGUGCCUCCCGCUCAGCGUCCUGCUCUUCGUGCCCGCCGUGCUCCUGCUUCUGGGUCCGCCGCCCGCCGCCGAGGCCGCGCACGAGUUUACGGUCUACCGCAUGCAGCAGUACGAGCUGGGCGGGCAGCCCUACGGCACCAGGAGCGCAGUGCUCAACACAGAAGCACGCACAGUAGAGGCGGAUGUCCUGAGCCGCCGCUGCGUCAUGAUGCGGCUGGUGGACUUCUCCUACGAGCAGUACCAGAAGGCUCUCCGCCAGUCAGCUGGGGCUGUGGUCAUCAUCUUGCCACGAUCUAUCUCUUCUGUUCCACAGGAUGUUGUAAGGCAAUUCAUGGAGAUAGAGCCAGAAAUGCUUGCUAUGGAAACCAUUGUGCCAGUCUACUUUGCAGUGGAAGAUGAAGAGCUGCUGUCUAUCUAUGAACAAACACGGGCUGCUUCUGCAUCACAGGGUUCUGCCUCAGCUGCAGAAGUUCUGCUGCACACGGCAACUGCCAAUGGCUUCCAGAUGGUGACCAGUGGGGCCCAAAGCAAAGCUAUCAAUGACUGGCUUAUACCCAGUGUGGAGGGAAGGCUAACAGGGCUGGGUGGAGAAGACCUGCCCACAGUUGUGAUAGUUGCCCACUAUGAUUCUUUUGGAGUGGCUCCAUGGCUGUCACACGGUGCUGACUCCAAUGGCAGUGGUACCUCAGUGCUUCUGGAACUGGCCAGGCUGUUUUCCCGGCUCUACACCUACAGACGUACCCAUGCUGGGUAUAACUUGCUGUUCUUUGCAUCUGGAGGUGGCAAGUUUAAUUAUCAAGGAACUAAGCGGUGGCUGGAAGACAAUUUGGACCACACUGAUUCCAGCUUGCUGCAGGACAACGUAGCAUUUGUUCUCUGCCUUGAUACUCUGGGCAGAGGCAAUAGCCUUCAUCUCCAUGUCUCAAAGCCUCCCAAGGAGGGGACCUUGCAGCAUGCAUUUCUGAGAGAACUGGAGAUGGUUGUUGCCAGCCAGUUCCCAGAGGUGAAGUUUUCCAUGGUGCACAAGAAGAUUAACUUGGCUGAGGACAUGCUGGCAUGGGAGCACGAGCGGUUUGCGAUCCGACGCUUGCCAGCAUUCACCAUCUCCCACCUGGAGAGCCACCGUGACAGCCUCCGCAACAGCAUCAUGGACAGGAGGGCACGGAUAGACACUAAAGCACUGAUCAGGAAUACUAGGAUCAUUGCUGAAGCUUUGACAAGGGUCAUCUACAAUUUAACAGACAAGGGAGCACCUGCAGAUAUGCAGAUCUUCACAGAUCAGAUGCAGAUCCAGCAGGAGCAACUGGAGUCAGUGAUGGACUGGCUGAGCAGUCAACCCAGGGCUGCCCAGCUGAUUGAUAAAGACAGCACCUUCCUCAACACCUUAGAAUAUUAUAUGGGACGCUACCUGAAGGAUGUCAAGCAGCAUCAUGUAAAGGCAGACAAACGGGAUCCUGAGUUUGUUUUCUAUGACCAGCUGAAACAGGUGAUGAAUGCAUACAGGGUCAAGCCAGCGAUCUUUGACCUGCUUCUAGCUGUCUGUAUUGCAGCCUACUUGGGCGUUGCCUAUGUUGCAGUGCAGCACUUUGGUCUCCUUUACAAGAUGAUACAGAGAUUAUCCCUUAAAACCAAGCAGCAGUGAAGCAACAAGUCAUCACCCACCCAGCAGCACUGAGCCAUCGGUGAGCCCAUCGGAAACCUUCUGCCUUCCAUUGAACCCUGCUAUUUCUCUUCCUCUUUGCUACUGUACAGAGGGGAGGAAGGCAUAAAGAAAAUGAAAUUUUAACUCUUGUGCACCUUUUAAGUGCUUUUCUUCACCUUCUUCCCCUGACUUGCACCAUGUCUGUUUUCCUUUGCAUUUUGGUGAGAGAGAGGCUCAGAGACUCCACCAAUUCCUGCAGUCUUAUUCUGGGCAGCUUCUAUGAGUGUAAAACAAAGUCCAACACCUUCAUGGACAUGUGUCAUACAGCCAACUUGGAAACUGAAACUACAGAGUGACGUGUUAUCUCUGCCCAGCAGACAAGGACUCGGAGCAGUUGUUUAAAAUUAAAGUGAAUGCAAUUAGCAUGUUU